AGUAAAGGUAUUUACCUGGGCGUGGUGUGGGUCUUUUUUUCCUGUGUCUAAUUUGUCUGACCUUUUGUGUUUAUGCUACAUUAGUGGGUAACCAGCAGAGAGUAGUUGAUAAGUCGAGUGUCAUACCAAAAGUUCACUGCAACGUUUAGUGGAUUAUAUUCAGUCGAGGUGCAUGUCGACAGUUCAAUAGCGUCGCAUAGUUGAAAGUAAAAUACUGGGAAUUGAUUUUCAAGUUCUGUUUUUUUCCUCUGUAUAAUUGAUCUGUGCUUUCGUUUUUAUUCAACAAUGUUUGAUCAGUCAAGUUGGAAGGAAAGUAUAGAAAAAAUUUUGCUCGAAGGGAUAGUAUCGAAAGAAAAAAGCAUGGCCAGAAUAACGAAAAUAUUGAGCACCAACACUCCUAAUAACAGAAUCCAAUCUGAGAUUAAUCAAGAUACGUUGGAGCUGGAAGUAUUGGAGGUGGAGCUACCACUAAAAUGCCCUCUCAGUUUGACUCGGAUCACGGUACCUGCACGGGGCUGUAAUUGUGAACAUAUACAAUGCUUCGAUUUGCAAUCUUAUGUAAUGCUGAACUACAAAGUUAAGUCAUGGAAGUGUCCUAUAUGCAAUAAAAAUGUUGGACUUAAAGACUUGAGCGUGGACGAGUACAUAUUUGAAAUUUUGAAGAUUACUACGAGCAUGUCGGAUGUUGAAAGGGUAGUAAUAGAUUUAACAGCUCGCUGGAAAAUAAAGAUUUCAAAACCGAAUGUUAUAGAUUUAACAUCUGAGGGAGACAAGGACUGCCAAAUUAUACACUCAAUAGUCAAUUUAAGUUUAGAAUGAAAUGCUUUCAACGGCUUCGAAACAAUUUCCAAUCGAAACGGUGUAAUAUGUAAAUGUUGGCAUAUUUCGAUUAGAACGAUUUUUGUGGCAUUAUGUAUGUACCUGCCCAAUCUAAAAUUGAUUUCAUUUCUUUACCAG